GCGAUGCUGCGGGGGGAAGGUUGACUCGUCGCCGCGCUGUCAUGGCGGCGGGAGGUCGCGUCCGCGCCGCUGCCGGCUCCGCGCUCGUCCUGCUCCUCCUCUGCGCCGCCGCGGGCCCCGCGCACUGCUGGGCCCAGCCAGAGAGGGUUCUGCUGCGGGAGGUGCAGGCGCUCACCCUCCACCGCGGCCGGUACACGACGGCGCGGCGAGCGGCUGCCGUGCCGCAGUUGCAGUGCACGGGAGGCGCCGCGGGAUGCGCCGCCGUCCCCGAGGUUGUCCAGUGUUACAACAAAGGCUGGGAUGGCUACGACGUGCAGUGGCAGUGUAAAGCAGAUUUGGAAAACAGCUAUCGUUUCGGACAAAUAGAAGUGAGCUGCGAAGGCUACGAUUAUCCAGAUGAUCCUUACAUCUUAAGAGGAUCCUGUAGUUUACUGUUCAGGCUAGAGCUGACUGAGGAAGGUGAAAGGAAGGCAAAGAACUCUGGAAGCUUUGGCUCUAGCUAUUACCAGUCAAGAAAGGAUUUUUCUGAUUCUGGUGCCGGAGUGAUUGUGGUAGUUGUUCUUCUGAUUCUUGCUUAUGGAGUUUACAAGCUCUUCCUCAGUAACCAGCCACCUCAACAGAGUUUUGGUGAUGGAUUCUCUAGGCCUUUCUGGCAGAGUCAGCAAGCUCCUCCUCCUGGUUUUAAAGCCAGCUUCACAGAACCUGACAGCUUUGGGACUCAUUCCAGUCAUAGAACCAAUUCAGGACCAGGAUUUUGGACUGGAUUAGGAGCAGGAGGCUUGCUAGGCUACUUGGCUGGUAGUCAGAGAGCACAGUCACGUUCUCCAUAUUUCAGUACAUGGACAGAUCACAUGGCCGUACCUCCGAUGUAUGGACAGUCAAGCAAUUCCACACAAGCUAGUAGUUCAGGAACAAGAACUGCUUCUGGCUUUGGUGGCACAAAACGAAGAUGAAAUCCUUGAUGUUAUUACAUCUCCAUAAUUGAACUAAACCACGUUCAUGUGUGCUAGCACUUUUUUUUUUUUUUUAACAGUAGGCUUUGGGAGUGAAUAUGAGAAGAGAUGUGAAGGACUCAGCAAAUAAUUCUUUUUCCCUGUGGAAAUGUGGACUCUCAUUCUUGUUCAGGGUAUUGCAGGUACUGGAACAUCCACUAUCACAAAAACAGCUUCUCAUAAGAAAAGAAGUCAUAAGAUACAAAAUAAACUCUUCCAAGUUAAAAGAAUGUUACAAUUGCCUAUACUUGACUGAUGAUGUCAUUGGUAGCCUUACCAGAUUUUCAAAGCAAGUAGCUUACUCAUGCUCUGGAGUAAACUUCGUUUAAUCCAGAAUUUUCUGUGUAUUUCAGUUGCUUUCUGUUUUCUUUUGUUUUGUUUUUCUUUGUGAUCCAGCACCAGGAAGGCCUAGUAUGUAAUCCGUCUGAUAUCUAAGGAGUAACACCUCUUUUUGCUUGUCUUAUAGUACUGUUCAUUUGAUUUUAAUAAGUGCAGUGAGCUGAUCAGAUGAGUCUUGGGGUUUUCCUGUAGUGGAGAGGAGGGCAAAGCUGUAGAGAGACUAACACUAAUGUUUGUCUCUGUCCUGUGUGAUUUCCUGGAGUCAAAAAUGAGUGGAUUUGAAGAUAUCUGUGUUCUAGGCUUUGUCCAAGUGGGCACACAAACUUGGAGGAUUUUUAUUCUUUUUGUAAUUAAUAAGCUGAAUUGUGACAAGAUGCUGCUUGUGUAAUCUAGACCUUUUUCUGGAAGAGGGAGGUCCCGUAUGUUAAGGUGGUUAUAGGCACUUUACCCUCAUUAAGAUCCCAAUUUUUUUUUUUUUUUUAACUGGGAAUGUUAGCAAUAUUGUGAAAUCUGCAGAUGUGAGGUGGCUUAUGUCAGCUCCUGUUCUUCCUAUAAGACCCACCUGUCCAGGACAGAUUAAACCAAAGGUGCUUAUUACAAAUGGAAAGGGAAAAUUCUUAUUCCAAAGCUGGUAGUAUCCCUAGAACAUAGCAAGCCUUAAGACUAAGCAAAGAAAGGGACCCAAUAUCUGAUGGGACACAAACCUUUUGAGAAUGCCCUUUUUUUCCUCCUUUUUCUUCUUUUUCAGUGCUGUCAAAGAGUGAAUGGGACUCUUUCAGUAUGAGAGAGGCCUUGCUUUGUUCAGUAACGAUAUUUUUGGACUCUGAGAAGUAUAUUAGUCCUUGUGUGAUUGGCUGUGUUGUGGGAGAGGAAGAGGAAUUGCUGGAAAAAAAAAGUGACGUUUCUCAUGACUUUGUCAGGAAAAUGUGAAUAAGGAGCUGCUUGACUGGGCAUUUUCCAGAAGCCCUACCUUUUUGCUAAUACAGCUCAGAAGCAUCGGUGUGUACAGCUUGCUUGUGCAAAAGGAAAGUGUUCUUGCUGGUAUAAGCUGCAUCUCCACAAGGGAGUUUAGCAGGUAUGGUUAGUCUAGGAAGAUGACUUUAGUGUUACUCAUCCAAAAAGUAACUGUGUCUUCUCAUGAGCGCAAAAAUAAUUGGCUAGAAUGGUUAUGCCUGAAUUCAGUAUCUGGCUUAGGGAUCAGGAAGUGUACAGAAAUCUUCAAGAAGCCAACAAAAGCUGCUAAAGAUAGUGGAGCUUGUCCUGAAAAAAGUGAAGAUUUGAUGCAGUUGAUAACUUGUUGAUUAAAAAUAAUGAUUUAUCAUUUGAGAGGUGCAUGUUUUUAAUAUUGGAGGUCAGCUACACAGAGCUGCUUGAGCAUUAUGUGUCUGGAGGAAAAUAUGGAGAAUCCAGUGUGACUAACAGCCUGCUCCAGCAACCUAGAAAGCAAGGAAAAAGUGAAGACCUUACCGUUGGCCACUUAGAAUGUCUGCUUUGAGGUGAAGUAUCCAGUAAAUCUUUUAUCUUUUUGUCAAGUAGAGCAAAGUAACCCAUUUUAAAUGUGCAUUUUUUAUUUACAAGUAAGUGUAUUCAGGCUGAAACUUGUAGCAGUGCUCUGUGUACCCACUAAUUAACGACGAAACUGGAUUUUUACUGUCUGAGUGUGAAGCUAGAUCUAAAAUAAUGAUAUGCUGUAGAAUGUUCUAGAUGUUUUUGUUUAUACUUCCUGCACUGAAUCUGUUGUGAUGCAUAAACCUGAUGACUUACUGUAGCCUCUGUACUCUGAGUCUGUUUAAAGGAUGUUUUUGCCCUUCCCUUUGAUAAAGUAAUAAAGAAGAACUAUGGGGA